CAGUAGGAGGGCAGAACACAGUUCAUAGAUUCCUGCCACACAGCAGAAUAGGAGAGCUGGGGAGUCACACCUGCGUCCUAGCCUAGCGAGUCCUAGCAGGCAACGAGGCUAUAAAUACAGGAUCUCCUCAACCCAGCCUCCACUCGCCCACUUCUUAGUCUGGUCUACGUGUCUCCUCCACGACGACAGGACUACGCUAAGGGGCCCCUAGAAGGUGGAGAUACUCGGAUUUUAAAAGCAGGAUGACUGCAAAGAUAGAAAAGGUCCUGUUGCUCGAUGGGGUGGAUCCUGUGUGUGGAGAGAUCCUGCAAAACGCUGGCAUCAAAGUCACUGUCCAUGCCAAACUAUCGAAAGAACAGCUAUUAGAAGAAUUGAAGAGCCAUGACGGGGUGGUGGUACGCUCAGCCACUAAGGUGACGAGCGAGGUCCUAGCCGCGACGCCCAGGCUCAAGAUCGUGGGCCGGGCAGGGACGGGCGUCGACAACAUCGACGUGGAGGCCGCCACGCGAAGGGGCGUCAUUGUGAUGAACACGCCGGGCGGCAACACCCUCUCUGCGGCAGAGCACACGUGCGCCAUGGUGUGCUCUCUGUCGCGCUCCGUGCCCCAGGCGUGCGCUGCUCUCAAGGCCGGGAAAAUGGGACAGAAAGUCGUACAUGGGCUCCCAACUCUAAACGGGAAAACCCUCGCCAUUGUCGGCCUCGGGAGGAUCGGCAGAGAGGUUGCCAAACGCUGCAGUCCCUUUGGCAUGCCCCUCGGCUAGAACCCAUGUCCCCCCCCCGUGACCCCCGAGGGGCUGGGGUCCAUGCGUGGAGGGGCGUGGCCGAGGGCGGACUACAUCACGGUGCACACGCCGCUCCUGCCUCACACGCGCAACCUCAUCGGAUCCGAGGUCUUGAGCAAGUGCAAGCGAGGCGUCCGCGUCGUCAACGUGGCCCGGGGGCAUCGUGAGGGCGGCGUUCUGGUGGGCCCCGGAGGGGGCCGGGGCGGGGGGCAGCCUUGGCUUUUCGGAGGGGCCCCCGAGGACCUCACCCCCUGCCAGCACCCGAAGGUACGGCGUCGACCCCACCUCGGGCCAACCCCAAAAAAGGGGGCACGGCGCGUAGCCUGCGAGAUCGCCCAGCAGAUGGUGGACAUGGUACAAGGAAAGCCCUUGGUGGGAGUCAUCAACGCCCCUGCACUUACCAAUGCCACCAGCGAAGCCUGUAGGCCGUGGAUCGAGCUGGCCAAUCGCUGGGCUGCCCCGCCAAACCCGUCACUCAUUGCCAGUGGUAUGAAGUGGGCCCUGAGUCCCUAA